AUGCCCACCGCAACAGCCACCACCCCCACUCUCCCGGCCAACCCGCCACAAGCAUGGGCGAAACCGACCCUGUCCAACACGUACGGCGGCAAGACCUACGAAGCCACCCAUCCCCAGCUGUUUGCUGUCGAGUUUACAGCCGGAAAGGGUUUGGAGGAAGGGUAUGCCAGUCGGCUGGUCGCUGUCAGGAACUAUAGCCCGGGAGAGGUGAUCACACCGUUGACAAACAUCUCCUUGGCGCCCGAGAAGGCGUAUUCUUCCGUGCAGUUUGGCCCGGGCCCUAGAGACCACCUUGAGCUCAACUCUGAUCUCUUAUUCAUGAACCACUCGUGCUCGCCCACAGCCCAAGUCCACCUCCCACCCGACCAAUCCCAAUGGGCCGUCCACGCCUCCUCCCACGGCAACGGUAUCAAGAAGGGCGAUGCUCUCACAUUCUUCUACCCGAGCACGGAAUGGGAUAUGGCUCAAGGAUUCGAGUGUGCUUGUGGUUCCGACAACUGCUUGGGGCAAGUGUACGGCGCAAAGCACAUCCCGGUUGAAGAGCUGAAGAAGCGGAGUUUCAUCAAUGAGCAUAUUCUGGCACUCAAAGAGGGGCAACAGGGGUCUGGCGUCGUCGGAGCGAGGGGCUUGUGUCGAGCCUAG